AGGAUUAGUUAUUACAACUUUCUUUUAUAACAACUUAAUCAAAUAAUAAUCAACAAUGUCCGGUAGAGGAAAAGGUGGAAAAGGUUUAGGAAAGGGUGGUGCCAAGAGACACAGAAAGAUCUUGAGAGACAACAUUCAAGGUAUUACCAAGCCAGCUAUCAGAAGAUUGGCCAGAAGAGGUGGUGUUAAGCGUAUUUCUGCUUUGAUUUACGAAGAAGUCAGAGUUGUCUUGAAACAAUUCUUGGAAAACGUUAUCAGAGAUGCCGUCACUUAUACCGAACACGCCAAGAGAAAGACUGUUACCUCUUUGGAUGUUGUUUACGCCUUAAAGAGACAAGGUAGAACUUUGUAUGGUUUCGGUGGUUAAUCGAUUUGUUGAACAAGUAUUCAUCAAACCUUUGGUUCAUCUUAUGUAUUUUUAGCGUUUAUUUCAAUGUGUAUAUUAGUAAUAAAUACAAUUAUUAGUG